AUGGCGAAGAAGGCCAAUUUCGACGAUGUGCUGGGCAACAAGUUCAGUCUGAUGAACGCCAAAAGCUCAAGUCUGCUCUCGUCAUGGAUGGGCGCUGAACCAACGCCCACGCCCGCAAGUCACGUUUCGGAGCCACAAGACGACGAUGCCGACCUCAAGCAGUCCGACUUUGGGCACGACAGACUCGGCGUUGGCUCAGCAAUUCCCAAGGACAUAGCCGAUGGCAGCUUCACACGGCGAGCACCAACAACAAACGACAAGCUGCUGGAGCAGUUGAUUGGUAAAAAGCGCGCCAAAGCCCAUCUGGCCGCGAAGCAGGAAGCAGAGCGAGCAAGUGCGCGCCAGCAGCCGGCAUGGCAGCAGAAGAAAGAAGAGACGAAACCUGAGGAGAGCGAAGACGAAGAGGAGGGCAGAGCCGCGCUGAUUGCAUCGAAAAGACAGAGAGGCAGUGUUGCCAAACCGAAGCCCAAGUUGACGAGUGUUGAGGCUGAGAAGUUGACGAGUUUUGAGGCUGAGAAGUCGAAGAGUGCUGAGACUGAAAAGCCGGACAGUAUAGAUGUCCAAGAAAGCCCGGCGCCAAAGGAGGAGUCGGACGAUGAUGUCGAACUCAAGCCGAAAAAGCGUGUCAAGAAGAGCAGAGCGAAACCAACAAGCUACCUCGACGAGCUGCUUGCGGAGCGCAGCAAAAAGAAGAAGGGCAAAGGCAAGAGCGAGGACAUCUAG